GCGGGCGUACUGGUUGCGUGCUAAGCGUGGCUGUAACGCUUGGAACUGGUGUGACAAGCGAUGGACGUGCAAGGCGUGCGGCACCAGUGCUCCCCCAUGGACGAAGGAGUACCGCUCCGACAAGGCCCCCCCGCGGGUGGACGCAGACGGGUUCGUGCAGCAACCCAGGGGAAGGGCUGAGCAGCGCGCGGCGAGGCGCUCGGCCUCCCAGCGAGCCCUCUCGGGGAGUACCGCGCCCAGCAGCGCCCCCAACAGCAGGGCACGGCAAGCGCGGCCUUGGGGAGAGGCCAAGACCCAGAUCGAUGAGCUGCAGGCGCAGCUCGUGGCGGCCAGGGAGCGCGUCGACACGCUCCAGGGGGCCUCGGCGCUCGGGCUCUCAGCGGACUUCCAGCGUGAGGCGGAGAAUGCCCUCCAGCAGGGCAAGGACCAGGUCGCCGCCCUGGAACGGGCCGUCCAGGAGGCCCAGCGGACGGAGCGCCCACCUCACUCGGUGCUCCACAUUGAGGCCAACGCCAUACAGAAGGUCGAGCGCCAGCUGGCCACGGCACGUACCAAGAGGGAGAAGCUCCAGCUGCAGGCGUCCGAGCUGCGCGAGCUCAUCGCGGAGAAGCAGGAGCAGCUGUCGGCAGCCGAGUUGGGAGUGGAUGAAGUCACUGGGCAGAUUGCGGAGCUGGAAGAGACCAGAGCCAAGGUCACGCAGCAGGCGAUCCAGCGGGCCAACGCGGCUGUCGGAGGCGUUCCGAGCCCGCUUGGGGACGCCGUCCAGGGGUUGCUCACUCAAGUCGGCGCCCUGUCGGAUCUCCUCAAGCAGCACGGAGCCGAGCUGCCCCCCAGGUUUUCCGAGAUCGUCGGGAUUCUCAACACGCAGAAGGAGGCGGUCGCUGAGGUGCUCAGGCCCCGUAGCAGCUCGGCCAGGAAGCGUUGGGGCGACAGCGUCGGUGACGACGGCCUCGCGACUGAGGAUGACGACAUGCCGCUCGACAUCGUGGCCUCUGGUGGGCCUGCGGCCGCCCCUCCCGCUGCCGCCCCGCAGGCAGGGCCGACCGCGGCUGGGCCGCCAGCCACGCGGGCCAGGCCAGCGGACGGACCCUACGGCCCUGCUGCGGCCCGCGGCCAGCACGGGGCGACCCUGGGCGCGUGGCCUCAGGUGGAGCCAUGCCUCGCAAAGGCCCUCGCCGAGCAAGGGGCGGCCCUCUCGGACGGCGACCCCUUGGCGGCGGGCGGCGCCGAGCACCCUUGCCCGAGGGGCACGGCGGGCCUGGUGUCUGGCGCUGGUGAGCGCGCCGCUCGCGAGGCAGCCGUCAUCGGCAAGGCGCCGCUGGUCGACAGGGCAGGAGGCCAGCAGCUUCGAGCUGGCCUCGUCAUGCUCGGCUGCAAUGGCAACACUUGGAGCAGGAGCAUUGAGGCCAUCGAGGCCUUCUUCAAGGCGUACGACUACUGGCCCGACGUAGUGGCGCUGCAGGAGACGAGGCUCCCGCAUGAGCGCCUGCCCAGUGCGGCGGCUCAGGCCCGCGGCCUGGGUUACGCGGCCUUCCUCCACGAGGCAGCGCUGACGGAGAACCAGGGGCCCCAGGCGACCUCUGGCGGCGUGGCGAUUCUGGUGCGAGACGGCUUGCAGGCCGACGAGUCUGCGUACCCGUUGCCCUCGGCCUUGCGGCACCGCCUCAUCGGAGUGGAGGUCGCCGCCGCCUCGGGCCUUCGGUUCCUGGUGCUCGCUGUGUAUUUUCAGCACUCUGUGGGCCCUCGAGGCACCAACCUGGACAUGUUUUCGGCCAUCUCGGAGGCGACGUGCCAUGCCGAGGGCUGUGACCACCUCUACGACUGGUUCGUGGCUUCCGCGGCGUUGGCAGCCUGCACGGCCUCCUGCGCCACCACGCUCGAGGGCUUCGGUCUACACCCUCAUCGCCCUGUCCUGCUUCGCCUCCAGGAUGUUCGGGCGGAUGCGUUGGUGGAGGUUCCGUCCAGGCCCGCACGCUUCCCCGAAGUUGCCCCUGAGCUCCUUCGGGCGCACGAGGACGCGGAGAUUGUGUGCUACUCGGUUGGCAAGAAGGGACAGGUCACGCCUAGGGGCGUCUCGUGGUCCUGGGACGCAGGCACUGCACCGACCAACCUCUCCGUCGCCUUCAGCGAGUGGGCGGCGGCUGCCGAAGGCACCCUGGUCGGCAUCCACGGCAUCGGCCAGGCAGACUUGGCCCGUCAUCUCGGCAGAGGAGAGGGGCCGCGGCUGUCCCUCAAGCCUCUCAGUGCCCUGGUCAGGCGGGAUGCCAGGUUCAGGUUCAGCCUCCUCACGCACCGCUUGAGGAGCUGCCUGGACGUAGCCCUCCAGCGGGUGCGCGCUGAGAGGACUGGCCGCUGGCACCCUCGGCAUGCAGACUGGUACGGGCACCAGGCCGAGCUCAGGGCGCAGCUCUUGCUAGAGGCGGUGCAGGAGGCUUCCGACUCGGUCGGUGGGGCUCUCCCUGGCGCAGCUCCUGAUCGACUAGGCGACCUGGUGUUUCAGGCGGGCGUCCACGGCAGCCCUGAUGCCGUUCGGGACCUCCAAGGGCUGCUCGGUGCAUCGCAGCGCCGCGACGCGGCUCAGAGCGCCCAGGCCUGGCGCAACUGGGCACAGACAGCCGUCGAGAAGGGCGGUCGUCUGGCCCACCGCUUCUCGAAGGCGACGCCCCCGCCGACGGUCAGGGACGCGGACUCGGGCAGGAGGCUUGUUGGGAUGGCAGCGAUUGGAGAGCUCACGAGUGUCUGGCAGAAGCUGUGGCUCCAGGACGGGUUUGCCCUGGGCGCAGGGGCCAGCAGCUGGGACGUUGGCGAGUGGCGGCUGCCACCCAUCUCGCUGGAGCAGCUCCAGGCGGCCUGCAAGCGCUACAGCCCCUCGGUGGGUCUCGGGUGCGACUCCCUGCACCCUCGGCAGAUCCUCCUGCUGCCCGUGGCGCUGCAGCAGCGCAUCCUGGACAUCCUAGCGGCCUACGACGACGCCCCUGCAUCGAUCAACGGGCAGGCGAACCAGCAGUUCGAGGCCGCGAGCCUCUUCCUGGACAUCAGCAAGUUCUACGAGCAUGUGCGUCAUGAUGUUAUCUGGGCGAAUGCUGUGCGGUUCGGGUUCAACCUCAGGCUGUUGCGCGGCCUCCUCACCUCCUACCAGGCCCCUAGGAUGAUCCUCGCGGCGGGCAUGGCUUCCCCCGCCUUCGGCACUACUGGUACGGUGUUGGCUGGGUGUGCGUGUGCGACUGCAGUUGCGAAGCUCCCAGUGCUGGGCGCCCUCCUGGCCGCGGGGGCGACGUGCCCGCUGGUCACGCCGAGGAAUGUUGUCGACGACAUCUCGCUCCAGGCGGUCGGCACGGCCCGACUCGUUAAGCGGCAGAUGUUGGCCUCCAGCUGUGAAGUGGUCCGCCUGCUGCGUGAACAGCACCUCCCACUCAACGAGAGUAAGUCGGUCUUCCUGGCCUCGUCGCCGCUGCUUGCCAAGGAGCUUUCCGAGGCGUGGGCAGCGCAGGGCUUGACCUUCAAGAGGGGACUGCAGGCGAGGAACCUCGGCACCGACGCCAACAUCACUCGUCGUGGAGUGCAUGAAGGUGCUGUGCGUGCGGUCGGCGGCCUUCGGCGUGGACGCAGGCUCGGGGUGCUUCGCUCAGCUGGUGCGGCGACCGAGAUGGUGCACCGAGCUGGGCCCACCGCAGCGAUGCUGUGGGGGCGUACUGUGACUGGUGUACCUGAUAGGGAGCUUCAUUCGUGGCGCUUGGCGGCUGCGCGCUCGGCUGGGAAGUUCCCCAAGGGCGCCUCACUCGGGCUGAGACUCAGAGCGGUGGAGGUCAUGCGGUCCAUCGACCUCGACCCGAGCCCCGCGCUGCUUCGUGCCGCUGUGCAGAUGGCGGCCAGCCUCCUUCAGUCGGGGGAGGUCCCGCAGCGCAUGUUCGUGACUGCCUUGCAGGAGGCGGAGCGGAGGCACGCGGGAGCAGCAGCCCCAUGGGCGCACUGCCGAACGCCUGUGGAUGCCUUGGCCCUCUCGCUCACCAGGGUGGGCUGGAGGCUCGUCCAAGGCACCUGCCUCGCCACCGAUGACGGCCACAUCCUGGACCUGCGCAUGAUGGGGCCGCGCGAGCUGGGCCUGCUGGCAGCGGCAGGGGCGCGGCGUGCUUCGGACAGGUCGGAGCUGGCCCGCCUAGGCCACGGUGCGCUCCCCCCGUCGCCCCUGUUCUGGGAGGCCUUCUCGGAGGUCCUCGGGCCUGGCAGCAAGCUCAGCCCCAGGGAGAAGGCGGCGGUGGUGAGUUUCCUUUCCAACGCCCACUGGCCCCAGACCCGUCUGCACUCGGCGGGGGAGAGGGAGCACGCUCGCUGCUGCGCUUGCGAUGCACCCCGCGGCAGCCUCUGGCACAGGCUGUUCGAGUGUCCCGUCCUCGCGGGGCCGAGGUCGGAUGCCAUGGCGGUCAUGUGGUGCAAUCGCCCCGCCGACGGUCUCCUCGGGGGGCGCCUCUACCUGGAUGGGUCGGCGCUCGACCCCGAGCACGAGAGCCUACGGCGUGCGGGUUGGAGCAUCGUGCAGUGCGACUCCGACGGCAACAUGGAGUGCGCGGUGUACGGCAGCGUGCGCCAAGACCUCUGCCCUUUCCAGACGGCCAAGGACGGCGAGGACUUCGCGGUCUGGAUGCUGUCCCGCUUCCUGGGCCCGAGUGUGGACGAGAUCCUCAUCGAUUGUGCGUCUACGGUCAGCUGCCUCACGUUGGGCAAGAGGUACGCGACGGCAGCCAACAAGCCCAAUGCCCAUCUCUGGGAGGGGAUCUACGCUUCGCUGGACGUGGACAUGCUCAAGGUUACCAAAGUCGCAGCCCACUGCACCGCCAGAGACGUGAUGGAUGGCAAGAUCACGGAGGCGGACCUCCGCGGCAACGGUCAUGCCGACCGCUGGGCCAAGGCAGGUGCGGAGCUGCACCGCUCCAGCCCCGUGGCCAGGCGCGAGUUCUUCGGCACGAUGGAGGUGGUGAGGGAGCUCUCAUGCUGGGUGGCGCAAGCCUCCCUCAUCUGGCAGGGGAUCGAGGUCAAGGACUGCGAGGGCCUACCCGAGGGCAGCGAGCGGACGGCUGUCUCCUUCGCCGUGCCCGUGGUGGAGCCCGCCAGCAGCCGCCCGUCCGACUCGGGUUCGGGCGACGGGUGGGCCUCGGCGGCGCGCGCUGGACUGAUCGCGUGCACCCACUGUGGGGCGUACGCGCGGCUGGGCGGGCGCUCUGGCGCGGCGCCCAAGCUCAAGGAGCAAUGCCCAGGGUCUGCUGGGCUUCCCAAGGGCAGGCGCGACCAGAAGGCACGCUGGCAGCAGGGACGUCAUCCUGCUGGCACGCCCCACAGCGGCAGCAAGCGGGUCGGCGCGGCAGCGCCCAGCCUGCGCAAGGAGGACGUGGUGCCGAUGGACGCCAGGGUGCGCUUCCUGCAGUGGCUGGGUGUCCGCCCCGAGGAUGCCCCUGGCGGGGAGGCCGCCGGUGCCAGCCGCGUGCCCCCCAGCGGCGCGGCGGCCGCUGGCGAGGCUGCGGCGGAGCCGCUGGCGCCUGGCCCCGCGGGGGCCUCGAGGGAGGCAUGGCUUGGCGCCUACGGCCUGGACGAGGCGAGCCUCUUUGAGUGGUCAGCAGCUGCUGAGUCGGCGCGUGAG